AUGGUAAACUUAGCUUCUAUGUAUCUUGAGGGAAAGGCAGACGUGUGGUUUCAGGAUUAUCAAAUUGGAAAACCUGUGGUGAUGUGGGGGGAUUUUCUCCGAGAUAUAUGUCUUCGUUUUCAAGAGUUGGGACAUGAUGACAUUGUAGGAGAGUUUAAUAAGCUUCAACAAUUAGGUUCUGUCCUUGAUUAUCAGGAAAUUUUUGAAGAAUUGAAGGCUUUAAUGCUAGCUAAAUAUCCUCAUAUCACUGAGACUAAGAAGGAAAGAGCUACUUACAGACCUCCACCACUUUUUGUACCCUCCCACCAACCCCAAAGAAACAUCUCCUCACCAGUAACAAGUCCCAAAAAUUUCACUAAACCUUCUUUACCACUUACCACCAAUUCCCCACCACCCAUUAAGAGAUUAUCUUAUGCUAAUAUGAGGAAGAGGAUGGAAAAAGGCCCAUGUUACAACUGUGAUGAGGUUUUCCAAGCUGGUCACAAAUGCAUUAAACAACAGAUUUAUAUGCUAGCUGCAGAUGAUGAGGAAACUACUCAAUCUGGUGAAGAAUCUCCUUGUGAUACACCACUAUCCCCUAGCACUGAGGAGGAGGUAGAAAUAUCAUUACAUGCUCUUGCUGGAAAUACUUCCCAUAGCACAAUCAUAAUUGAAGGAGCUAACAAGAAGCAAUCAUUAACAAUUUUGAUAGACAGUGGAAGCACCCACAGUUUCUUGGAUCCUGGAGCUGCUGCAAGGUGUGGGGUGACCAUUCAACCUGCAACUCCCCUUUUGGUAGCUGUGGCUAAUGAAAAUAAAAUGGUAAGUGAUGCUAAGUGCUCUUCAUUCACAUGGCAGAUGCAAGGGCAUGAAUUUCAGUAUGACAUGAUACUUUUGAAGUUGGGUGGCUGUGACAUGGUGCUUGGUGUUGAUUGGAUGGGGGGUAUGAGUCCCAUGAUGUUUGAUUUCAAUAAUCUUACAGUGACUUUCAUAAAAGCUGGAAAACACAUUACUUUACAAGGUAACACUCCCACAGCUCACAUAUCUAUGAUGACAGGAAGUGCACUGCAUAAAUGGCUCAAGAAGAACAUACAUGGGUUAGUUGGUAAUUUUUUUUCCAUCACUGCAUGUGAACCAGAAGCUGAGAUACCAGAACCCAUCAAACCAUUGUUACAAAAAUAUGAAUCCAUUUUUCAAGAACCUACAACCUUACCUCCAUUCAGAGCUCAUGACCAUCACAUACCCCUAAAGCCACUUACUACCCCCCCAAAUCAGAGGCCUUAUAGAAUCCCAUACAUUCAAAAAGAAGUAGUAGAACAACUUGUACAAAAAAUGUUGAAAUCAGGUGUAAUUCAACCAAGCCACAACCCUUUCUCUUCCCCUAUCCUUCUAAUCAAAAAGAAAGAUGGUAGUUGGAGAUUCUGUGUGCACUAUAGAAAAUUAAAUGAAGCCACAGUUAAGGAUAAGUAUCAUAUUCCUAUCACUGAAGAGCUCUUGUAUGAAUUUUUUGGUUCCAAGGUAUUCACUAAAAUUGAUUUGAGAGCUGGAUACCAUCAAAUUAGAGUCUACCCUCCAGACACAUACAAGACAGCUUUCAAGACUCAUCAAGGGCACUAUGAAUUCAUGGUGAUGCCUUUUGGCUUAACCAAUGCCCCAACAUCCUUUCAGGCCUUGAUGAAUGAUGUUUUUAAGCCUCAUUUCAGGAAGUUUAUACUUGUAUUCUUUGAUGAUAUUCUAGUCUAUAGUCCUGAUAUGGAUACUCACUUGAAAAAUUUAGAGAUCACUCUCAGCACCUUAAAGCAACACACCUUGUUUGCUAAGCUCUCCAAGUGCUCUUUUGGUCAGGACAAAGUGGAAUAUCUGGUUCACAUUAUUUCUAAGGAAGGAGUGGCAGCAGAUCCCAAGAAGAUUGAAUGUAUGUUGCAGUGUCCUAUUCCUACUACAUUGAAAGGACUAAGAGGAUUCCUGGGUUUAACUGGGUACUACAGAAAGCUGUUACUUCUACUCCAGUGUUGGUGUUGCCCAGAUUUUACAUUACCUUUUGAGGUUGAGACUGAUGCUUGUGACACAGGGAUAGGAGCAGUUUGA